UGAGACAAAUUCAAUAAAUGGAUCAUUCUCACGCGUGAAGUGACGAAUCUCUAUCCUGAAAUGUUUGUUUUUCUAUGUGACAUAAUUGAUAUCAACAUUUAAUAUGGUGGAGGAUUGUUCAAGGUGAAUGUUACUAUUAUAAGCCGCCUCCUUUGACAAACAAACACAGAAUAGUCUUCACUCAAAAUUCCUGUGUUACUGGAUCUCGAGUAGGUGAUAUGUAUAUAGCCCCAAGCAGGUUCAGCUUCUAUCACAUACUUCUCUACAACUUCUUCCCUGAGCUCUUUUGAAGUUACCAUUUCAUAUUAAUAUUUAGAGAAAUGGAACACAUUAAAAAUCCAUCAAUUUACAAACAACCAGUCAUACUGCAGAGCGAGGACUUAACUAAGUAUAUACUAGAGACUGCUGUUUACCCUCGAGAACCACAACCUCUCAAAGAGCUGAGGGAUGCCACUGAGAGUCACCCUUGGGGUUUCAUAGCUACUUUACCCGAAGCGGGUCCGCUAAUCACCAUUCUUCUGAAGCUGCUGAACCCCAAAAAGACAAUUGAAGUGGGAGUGUUUACUGGAUACUCUCUUCUCCUCACUGCACUCAACAUUCCUGAUGAUGGAAAGAUAACAGCCAUAGACAUUGACAGGAAAGCUUAUGAGGUUGGAUUACCAGUCAUAAAAAAGGCUGGUGUGGAGCACAAGAUUGAUUUCAUAGAAUCUCCAGCUCUACCAAUUUUGGAUAAACUGCUAGAAGAUGCUGCAAAUGAAGGAACUUUUGAUUUUGCCUACAUUGACGCUGACAAAGAGAACUAUGUGAACUACCAUGAGAGGCUCAUAAAACUGGUGAAGGUUGGUGGGUUGCUUAUAUAUGAUAACACACUCUGGGGUGGUUGUGUUGCUUGGCCUGAUGAGAAAGUUCCACCACACAGUAUGCCAAUGAGGAAUGCAGCAAUUGAAUUUAAUAAAACAAUCACAAAAGAUUCUCGCGUCGAAUUCGCUCUUACUUCUGUAGGCGAUGGCCUCAGUAUUUGCAGGCGUGUUGCCUGAGUUUUAUCCUCAUUAUCAGAGAUUAUAUGUUUCAUUUUAUGUAUUUGCAGUAUACGAUGUUGGUCUACAUGAAUAAGAUUGCAUUUGCUUCAUGUUAAA